AUGAGCGUCUCUUCAGAAUCCAGCUAUGUAGAGGUGGAAUCGCACAAGAACGAGCAGUCACAGCCCCCCCAGCACACAGAGCAGAAUGGACUACAAGAACCCAUAGCCAUUGUCGGUCUAGGCUGUCGUCUCCCCGGAGACAUCUCAUCCCUAGACGACUUCUGGGACAUGCUCAUCAACGGCAGAACAGGUCAAUGUGAUAUUCCAACCUCCCGAUUCAACGCGGAAGCGUUCUACCACCCGGACAAAGACCGUCCAGGGAGCAUGAACACGAAGGGUGGAUAUUUUCUGAACGAGAAUAUCCGAGAUUUUGAGAACGCUUUCUUCGGGAUUAAUAAUCUUGAAGCGACGUAUAUGGAUCCGCAGCAGCGGAAGCUGCUGGAGGUCGUGUAUGAAUGCUUUGAGAGCGCGGGGGCCCGGUUGGAGGAUGUCGCCGGGUCGAAUACGGGCGUUUAUGUGGGGAAUUUCACGAUGGAUUUUCAGGUCAUGCAGACAAGAGAUCCCGAGUAUCUGCAUCGGUACAGUGCUACGGGCAUGGGGACGACGAUUUUGAGUAAUCGGGUCAGCCAUGUUUUCAAUUUAGUUGGUCCAAGUUUGGUUCUGGAUACUGCUUGCUCUUCUUCGCUAUAUUGCCUACACACUGCAGUCAUGGCACUGCGGAACCAUGAGUGUGAUGCUGCGGUGGCGGCGGGUGUUAAUCUAAUUCAAUCUCCUGAACAGCAUAUCGGGACUAUGAAAGCUGGAGUGCUGUCGAAAACUUCCACAUGCCACACUUUCAGUGACCAGGCUGAUGGUUACGGACGUGCGGAUGGCGUAGGAGCUGUUUAUGUCAAGAGACUUAGUGAUGCCAUUGCGAACAAGGAUCCAAUCCGAGCGGUCAUCCGCGGCACUGCGGUCAAUGCGAAUGGCCGAACCCCAGGGAUCACUCAGCCAAGCUCUGCAGGCCAAGCAGCUGUCAUCUGCAAGGCCCAUGCGCAGGCUGGGCUGAGCCUACAGGAUACUUCGUAUGUGGAAGCCCACGGUACAGGUACUCCUGUAGGCGAUCCUAUUGAAAUUCGUGCACUGGCAGAUGCAUUCUCUGGUAGACCUAAAGCGUCACCUUUGCUAGUCGGCUCGGUGAAAUCAAACCUGGGCCAUAGCGAAGCAGCCAGUGGCAUAUCCAGUAUUAUCAAGGCUGUUCUUGCUCUAGAACGAGGGGUGAUCCCCCCAACAGUGAAUAUCGGCACGAUGAACCCUGAUAUCAAGACGUACGACUGGAACGUCGAGAUUGUCACGCGAAACACGCCAUGGCCCUGUGAUGGGUGGAAUAUUCCUCGAAGGGCCGGGAUCAACUCCUUUGGAUACGGCGGUGCCAAUGUCCACAUUGUUCUGGAGGCCUCGGAUAUCUUCGUGCCAGCUGGAUACAGCAAAAAUUCCGUGUCCACCGAGGUUCUCAAUUUGAUCAAUAAGAAAUUCCUCUUGCCAUUUUCUGCCUCAAGUCAGUCAGCUCUCAUUGCUAGGGUGUCCACGCUACACGACAAGACGGUCAACCUGGUAGACCUUGCGUACACUUUGACGGCUCGUCGGUCAAAGCUUGCACAUAAGGGCUUCCUUGUUGCCUCGCAACGCACUCUGGCGGAGGAUCUCAAGCCUGAAAAUUUAAUCAUUCCUCGCGAAACCGGUAUUGACGUUUCGAAAGGAUUCACUUUUGUUUUCACUGGUCAGGGUGCCCAGUGGGCAGAGAUGGGCAAGGGCCUCAUUGAGCAAUAUGCGGCUUUCCGCAGCUCUAUACAGCGGUAUGAUGCUGUUCUCAAGUGUUUGAAGCAUGGCCCUUCCUGGACCCUCAUAGACACUCUAGCCCAACCAGCCAAUACGAGCAAGAUCAACGAAGUGAGCAGGGCACAGACUGCAUGCACCGCUAUCCAGAUUGCUAUAGUUGAACUUCUCUCUGGCUGGGGCAUUGAGCCAUCCGCAGUCAUCGGACACUCGUCCGGUGAGAUUGCAGCGGCAUAUACUGCUGGGUUUUUGACCUCGAGGGAGGCCAUUACAAUUGCUUACUACCGAGGCUAUGCUGUUAGCAAAUUGUCCAUAAAGGGACAGAUGAUGGCAGUCGGAUUUAGCCAGACGGAAGCCGAGGAGGAGAUUGAACGCAAUGGGUUAACCGGAAAAGUCACCGUGGCAUGUGUCAAUUCACCUGAGAAUGUUACUCUGAGUGGCGACGCCGACGCAAUUGAUGCAUUGCACUCGGCCAUGGCUGAUUCGAGUGUGCUUCGACGAAAGUUGCUCACCGACGGACGGGCAUACCACUCCCACCAUAUGAUGCAGGUAGGGGCCGAGUACGAAGCCCUCAUUCGCAACAGCUGCACGCCUCUCGCAACACGGGUAAGGAAUAAAGCCCACGUGGAAUGGAUCUCUUCGGUCUUUGUCACCCCGAAUACCGACUCGAUUGACUACUCAUACUGGCGGCACAACCUUGAGAAACCGGUGCUUUUCGGGCCGACUCUGCAGAAGCUAACAGACACUCGCUCAGCGCCAUUGAUUGAGAUUGGUCCUCAUGGGGCUUUGAAAUUGCCAAUUAAGCAGACUCUGCAACAGGUUGGAAUCACUCCUACUUAUUUCCAGGCCCUAACUCGAGGAGAGUCCUCUGAUCUGAGCCUUUUGAAACUCCUGGGUAGUCUGCAUGUGGCCGGUGCAAAUGUUCCCCUUAAUAUUAUCAAUGGUCUCGAUAGCGUCGCUGCAGCCAAGGACAUUAGUAUUGUCGGAAAAACUGUGAAAGAUCUUCCUACUUACCAGUGGACCUACGAGCAGACUCUGUGGAACGAGUCACGAGCCAGUAUUGAGUUCAGGAACCGGGCAUACCAGCGCCAUGAACUGCUAGGCUCGAUGAUUACGGGUGGCAAUUUGAUGGACUUCUCAUGGAGAAAUGCCCUCAAUGCAAAUGAUGUUCGUUGGAUCCAAGAUCACAAGCUGGAUCGUACCGUUGUGUUUCCCGCUGCUGGAUACAUUGCUAUGGCUAUUGAGGCUCUAACACAGGCCUUGGGUAGGAAACAAACAGAUGGUCUCUCCUACGAGCUGCGCAAUGUCAACAUCAUGGCCGCUUUGACACUUUCCAAUCAGGAUAAUAUGGUCCCCGUUGAGCUAUUUACCACGCUGAGAAAGCGAAAUAUCUCUCCGACUGUCAAGUCUAAGAAAUGGUGGGAAUUUCAGAUCAGUUCCGUGAAGAACGGCAGAUCAGCUACACAUGUAUUGGGUUCAAUUGCGAACCAUGUGCCGCAUGCGCCGCUUGCGGCAGCUGUCAAACUCCAGGAGGCCCACAGCGAGCCAUCAGCAGUGCGGAACUGGUAUCAGAAGAUGGGAGAUGAGGGCCUCAACUUCGGAGACCAAUUCCAAACCAUGAAGACACUUCGUGUUCCGCGAGGAAGAACGGAACGCUGGGCUAUUUCUGAGAUUGAUGUCCAGCAAAGCACUCCAGGAGGUGUUGAACAGGAUUCAAAAUACACCAUCCACCCUGUCAGCAUUGACGGUAUGUUUCAGACUGCUAUCAUCGCCGGUGCGCAUGGUGUUAUCCCGGAUCUUCUAGCCCAAGUCCCUGUGUCUUUUGAGAGCGCCAUCAUCCGCGCACCUACGGCUGCAGAUUUGACCAGCAGCUACACGGUUUACGCCAACUCCCAUGCAACGAGCUUUUCCACGGCUACAAUCUCGACGGAGCUUCGCAAGCCUGACGGACAAGUGCAUGCGCAGUUCCACGGCAUGCGCCUAAGAACUUACGAAGGGGCUGCAAGCAACGCCGAUAUCGUCGAGCGUCAACCGAUGCUUCGCGUCUGCUGGAAGCCAGAUCUCGCCAGCCUUAAAACUGCACCAGAUGCACUUGAAGAGUACCUCAUGCGUGAAGCUGCGUUGGAGAAGCUCUCCGCACAAGUUUGUCCCUCUGAAAAGCUCUACCAGGUGCUCGGAGUCGUUGAACUCUUCUGCCAUAAGAAUCCUAGGGCGAAACUCCUGUACCUUCUAACGGACCCUCAUGACCUUACGGCUGUUGGAGUCUGCAUGAAAAGACUCGGGGUCGGAACUCAGAUGCCCACCUACAGCUCGUUCUCUGUGGCCGAAAUCACUGACGAGGGUGUUGUGAACCGGAGGAAGCUCCUCGACGCCAGUCCGCCAUCAAAGCUCGACUCGUUGCCUGUCGACGGAACCGCGUCCACGUACGAUAUUGUUAUCAUGCCACAGGCAUACCAAGACCAGCGAAAGGAACAGUUUCAUCUUCUUCCGUCCCUGAUCGGCCCUAACGGCCUGCUGAUUAUUCCGGACACCUUGCAAUCGCUUCCAAAGCUGCCAACUGAAACUGAACACUCAACCACAUGGGAAGCAACCAAUAUUUGCGGACUUGGCCUCCUUCAGAAGCGUACUCAAGAUCCCAAGACAGGUGCUCAGAUAGAGAAUCUUGUUGUUGUUGAGGACAGGGCCGGUACUCCCCUAGGUGACGCCAUUCUUUCCACGAUCUCUAGCAUCGCGGACUGUGUCAGUCGACUGCCGUUGGAUGCGGUUUCCGAGAGCACAAUUCCACCAAAGUGUACUGUUGUGACGACCAUUGAGACGAACCAGCCAUUCCUAUCCACCAUGUAUGAACAUCGGAUGACGCAGUUGAAGAUUAUCACUAACCGUGCCUCAAACGUCAUUUGGGUGAACACCUGCGGCAUGCUUCAGGGGAAGAACCCCGACAUGGCCCUUGUCGGUGGUCUUUCAAGAUCACUGAUGCUAGAACAGCCGUCUUUGAGCUUCUACACAUUAGACAUGGAUGGUAAAACGACGUUCGAUGUCACAGCGAGGCAUAUAGCUUUCAUCCUCUACCAGAGUGUCUUGUCGCCUACAAUUGACUACGAGUUUGUUGAAAGUAAUGGCCUUCUGUACAUCAGCCGUUUCUUGCCUGACUAUGCCUCCAACGAAAGAUUCCAGCAGACACAAGGCAAGCACACCGUCCAGAUGGAACUCCAAGAGGCGGGUGACUGCAGCCUCUUCCUUCAAGGAGCUAGCCAGGUGCACUCCCUUUGUUUCAGACAGAUCUCGGGUCGACCCCAGUUGAAGGACGACGCUGUGGAGGUCGAGGCUAUAGCCCACGCCGUUAAUGCAGCGGACAGCCAAGUGGUCCAUGGAAAGGCAGAGACAAAGCAGUCAACCUGUGCCACGGCCUUCACGGGUAUUGUUAAAUCAGUCGGCCGUGCAGUCACAGAUCUUGCUCCAGGGGACCGGGUAGCUGUGAUGGCACCUAAUCAGUUCCGUCUUAUCGAUCAAGUCCCUUCAUGGGCCUGUCGGAAACUUGAGUCCACAGAAAGUCCCGUCGAGCUAGCAACUAUCUUUGUGCCCUACGCGACAGCUCUGUAUGCCCUUCAUGACCGAGCUCACAUCCAGGCUGGAGAAAAACUUCUUGUGCACAUCGACUCAUCUGGUAUCGGACUGGCAGCUACUCGUCUCGCUGCACUUGCUGGAGUGGAAGUGUUCUGCACAGUCCUCUCCACCGAAGCUCAAGAAUUUCUGGUUAAAUCCUAUGGGAUGGACGAGAAGCGAGUCUUCCUCUUGGACGAGUCGUCCUACCUCGCAGACAUCUUCGAAGCAACCGACGGUCGCGGCGUUGAUGUUGUGUUCAACUUGCUUGGCGGCGACCUGCUCCACGACAGUUGGCGCGCAUGUGCUGAUUUUGGACGGUUCGUGGAAAUUGGUAAUCGCACUGCAGAGGGGCUGGAUAUGAAUUUCUUCGCCAAACAGCUGACCUACACUGCAUUCGACCUUGAGCACUUAUACUACUCCGGUAAUCCUGCUGUCAAAAGGAAAUGGUCCAGCCUCGUGCAAAAUGUAUUGGAGUUGUACAGGGAAGGCUGUAUUCCGUUCAUUAAGCCCUUGAAGGUCUUUGAUAUCUCCGAGAUUUCCGAGGCCUAUCACUAUGCCAGCGCAGAGAAUCGGCUCGGCGGCGUGGCAGUUACACUAGAAAACCGCAGGUCCAAGAUUGAUAAGGUUCUGCCCUUGAAAUACGCCACCCAGCUGUCUCCCGAGAAGACCUACUUCCUGGUUGGCUGUCUCGGUGGUCUGGGUGCAUCUCUCGCCAAGUGGAUGUUUGCGCGCGGAGCACGCAAGUACGUAUUUCUGGGACGAUCGGGGGCGGACCGACCUGCCGCGCGCCGUUUGGUCGAAGACCUUCAGUCACUAGGCGCCGCAGUAUCGGUGGUCCGCGGAGAUGUAGGCAGCAUGGCGGACGUCCAACGGGCCAUCGAUGGUAUCGAGGGUACCCUUGGCGGAGUGGUCCAGGCAGCAAUGGGUCUGAGCGAAGCUCUCUUCACGACUAUGACGAACAAGGCCUGGCACACUGGCAUUGGUCCCAAGCUCCGGGGUAGCUGGCAUCUUCAUCAGGCAAUUGCCGCGCGCGAGAAAACCCACCCUCUCGACUUCUUCCUCAUGACGUCGUCGGUUUCCGGCAGCGUUGGCACCGCGACGGAGAGUAAUUACUGCGCCGCUAACCAUUUCCUGGAUGCUUUUGCCCGGUACCGUCGCGCUCAGAACUUGACCGCGACCUCCCUUGGAUUGGGCAUGAUCUCGGAGGUGGGCUACUUGCACGAGAAUCCGGAGAUCGAGGAACUUUUGCUGCGCAAGGGCAUCCAGCCCAUUAACGAGGAGGAACUCCUGCAGAUCGUGGACGUCGCUCUGAGCCAGAAUGCCAGCACGCCGGGCUUCCUGCGGGCCGAUCCCCUAGCAAGCAGUCAUAUUCUGACGGGACUUGAACCACUGGCCCUCAAGGGUCUGCGAAACAAGGGUUUUGACGUGAGCAACCCCAUCCUCUCGGACCCACGUGCGUCGCUGCUCGCCACUACGAUCGAUGGUCUGGCCAGUGGUGACGACAGUCUCGGCGCGGUAGGCGCCAUUUCCGCCGAGCUCGCCCAAGCGCUAGGGGAGGCGGGGGAGAACGCCCCUCUCCGAAAUACUGUUGCUGCCCUCGUUGGGAAGCGGUUCGGCAAUUUGAUCCUGAUCCCAGAAGAGAAGCUGGAUGUGAAGCAGCCACUGUCCACGUAUGGUAUGGACAGUAUGCUGGCGGCGGAGUUCCGGUCCUGGGUGUACAAGGUUUUCAAGGCAGACGUGCCUUUCCUAGAUCUGCUGUCGCCAACCACGAGUCUAGACUCGCUGAUUGAUGGGGUAGAGAAGGAGGUUAUUGGACUACUGGGAUAA